CUUUCCCUCUAAAACAGCAGCACCCCCGGCCCGGCCGCCUCAUCUCGCAGUAUAUAUUUAAUUUCCCCUUAACAACUCCACCACUCCCCCUCCGGAAGAAGAAUCCGCCCACAACAAGCCCACAAGGCUGUGAUCGAGCAAAGGGUUUAGACGGCGAUCCUUGGCUCGCUGGCCAGGCAGGAGAUGGAGCACGACGUGCACCAUCACCACCAGCAGCAGCAGCGGCAGGAGGCCAUGGAGCUGCCUCCGGGGUUCCGGUUCCACCCCACCGACGAGGAGCUCAUCACGCACUACCUCGCCUGGAAGGCCGCCGACCCGCGCUUCGCCCCGCGCGCCGUCGGCGAGGCCGACCUCAACAAGUGCGAGCCAUGGGACCUGCCCGCUCGGGCGACCAUGGGGGAGAAGGAGUGGUACUUCUUCUGCGUCAAGGACCGCAAGUACCCGACGGGGCUGAGGACGAACCGGGCCACCGAGUCCGGCUACUGGAAGGCGACGGGCAAGGACCGGGAGAUCCUCAGGGGCAAGGCCCUCGUCGGCAUGAAGAAGACGCUCGUCUUCUACACGGGGAGGGCGCCCAAGGGCGGCAAGACCGGCUGGGUCAUGCACGAGUACCGCCUCGACGGCAAGCACGCCGCCGCCGCCGGCAGCAGCAGCCGCCUCAUCUCCUCGAUCAGAGCUGGCGCGUCAAAGGACGAGUGGGUACUGUGCCGGGUGUUCAAGAAGAGCAUCGAGAUUGAGCCGCCAGUGGUGGCUGCAGGCGGCAAGAGGUCGCCGUCAGGCGCCGCAUGCACGGAGGUGGCGGACGUCGUGGGGCCGUCCGUAUCCAUGGCGGACGACCUCGCCGCGUGCGCGCUGCCUCCGCUGAUGGACGUGUCCGGUGGCAGCGGCGCCGCCAUGUCGCUUUCAGCUGCUGCUGCGGCGGCGGCGGGCAUCGAGCUGCCGCCGCCGUCGCAACACGUGACCUGCUUCUCCAACGCGCUGGAGGGCCAGUUCCUGAACCCACCCUUCGGCCUGCUCCCCGCUGCGGGCCCCGCGGCCGCGGACCACCUCGCCAUGGCGGCCGCCUCCGCCUCGCCGUUCCUGGCGAGCAUGAUGCAGGCGCAGUACGACGGCGCCGCGGGCGUGGGCGGCAUGGUGCAUGAGCUCCUGCAGGAGGGCGGCGGGUGGUACAGCAAGCUGGGAGAGAGGGAGCGCCUGAGCGGCGGCGCGUCGCAGGACACCGGCCUCACCUCGGAGGCGAACGCGAACCCCGCCGAGAUCUCGUCGCGGCAGCACAUGGAUCACCAUGAUGCCUCCCUUUGGGGUUACUGAUGAGCUUCAUCUCUUGCGCGAUCAUUAAAAAUUGAAUUAGUAUUAGUCACCGGAUUGGAAAAGGGGAUUACUGUUGUACUGUACUACUAGUGCAAUUGAAUAUUAUCAUGCAAAAAGGGGAAAAAAGAAGUUGUGAGAAAGUUUGAUUGUAUAAUUGUAGAUUGAUUUGAUUUGGAAUUACUACUAUAAUGGGAUGCUGAUAGUACUCUUGAAUGAUAAUUGGAAAGGUCCAUUUGGAA